AGAUAAAAGCAAUAAGUCAAGGUCAUGUGGUCCAGUGGGAAGGAUCUUCCCACUGUUAUGCAUUAAUAGUACUGUUACAGUGUUAUGUUAUGCAUAUAGGGUGGAAUUGAUUAUGGUGAGAACUGAGACGGGAUUGAGUUCCCUGAUUAGGAACUAAAGAAGGAGCAAUACAACAACAACUGCCAGGUUCAGGGAUUCCUUGGAGUAGCAUUAAAGAUACAGUUCUGGAUCUUCUUCUCCCAAAUAACAAGUCUUUUUUUUCUCUCCUAGAAAAAGUAAAUGGAACAAAAAAAAAAAAAAGAUUUUAAAGAGGGAAAAGGUGCAUAUUGAUGUCUUGAGAGAGAACUUUUUGUUGGCAGCAAAUGGGUCUUGAUUCUCAGGCUCACAGCAUGGUUUUUAUCAUUACCAUAUUGAUAUUCUUGUCAUUGCAAAAUGCAGCAGGAAAUGAAAAUCAGAUUGAGACAAUCUCAGGAAUGGAUGAGAAUGAAAACAAGCAAACUCCUAUAGUGGAAAACUUUAGAACUUUGCUUGGACUCAACAUGUUCAACACAAGAAAGCCAUGCUAUAAUGUUGCUGACUCUAACUUUGUGUCCCUCUCACCUUCUCUGUCACCCUACACCGAAGCUGAGGCUCUGGCUCCGGCUCCGGCUUCGGAGCUGCACGUGCACCCUCAUUCCUAUCACUCACAUAGGAACUUGCCACUUCACAAGAUUCUAAAAGAAGAUAAAGGCAUGGCAAAAAGAACAACAAUAGUAGCUGUUGUAGUACCUGGUGGAGUUGCUACCUUAAUUUGUGCACUUGGGUGUGUCUGUGUUUGCAAGAAAUUCAGAAAUCACAAAAGGAAACCCAAUAGGACAAUGCCACUCUUCAGCAAGAACGAAAGAACAGGAUGUACGUCUACGUACCAAAAUUCAUCAAGCAAUGUGAGUUUAAACUCUGCCCCUGAUCUGUUUUACCUCACUUGUUUGAAACAAACUUGUGACACACAAAAUAGAAGUACUUCAACCCAUGAUUCCCCCAAACGUACAAUUUAUGAGAAGAAAGUGUUGCGUAAAGAAGAAUAUGACAAGGCUAGCACUAGUAGCUCUUCCACAAAGGAAAUUCUCUCUGUUCAUGAGGAUUUGGAAUAUCAAUGUGGCAAAGCUUCAUCUGGAGAAAAAACUGUCCUUCGAGGAUGCCAUAGCCUUCCAUCAGACAACGAAAGUUUUCAUUCAUGUUUUGAUACUCACUCAUCAGUAAGUGAAACAGAAACAUUGUGUCUCUCUCCUAGAAAUUCAAUCUCUUCAACAAAUCAAUUUCCUUGCCCCCCUCAGAAUUCAACUACAAAGGUAAAACUAAAACCUAACCAAUCGCAAUCACCAUGCAUUCCGCAACAAGAUGAACAAAAGAAGAUUCAAACUUGUCAACCUAGCAUUCCUCCCCCACCAUGUCCACCUCCAUUUUUGAAAGGAAACAUUAACAGUGCAAUCAAAACUCCACCUUCUCUACUUCCUCAAGGUAAGGGUGGAAGUUCUCCACUGCCAAAACUCAAACCACUUCACUGGGACAAAGUAAGAGCCACGCCAGAUCGAACAAUGGUGUGGGAUAAGCUACGAACAAGCUCAUUUGAGUUGGACGAGGUAAUGAUCGAGUCACUCUUUGGCUACAAUUUACAAAACUCAGUGAAGAACGACGAAACAAAGAGCAAAACCCCGUCUCCUAGCAAGCAUGUACUUGAGCCAAAACGGUUUCAAAACAUAGCAAUUCUCUCCAAAGCUCUAAAUACCACAGCUGAACAAAUAUGCGAAGCCCUGAUACUAGGGAAAGGCUUGUCUUUGGAACAACUAGAGGCACUGGUGAAAAUGGUACCCACGAAGGAAGAAGAGGCUAAGCUCUUAAGCUACAAAGGAGACGUCAAUGAACUAGGGUCUGCUGAAAAGUUUGUGAGAGCAAUGCUUAGCGUACCAUUUGCCUUUCAACGAGUGGAAACCAUGCUUUACAGAGAGACUUUCGAAGAUGAACUAUUUCACCUCAGUAACUCUUUUUCAACGCUAGAGGAAGCGUGCAAGGAACUAAGGUCAAACAGGUUCUUCUUGAAAUUGCUGGAAGCAGUGCUGAAAACAGGAAACCGCAUGAACGUUGGGACAAUCAGGGGAGGUGCCAGAGCCUUCAAACUCAACGCCCUUCUGAAGCUUGCUGAUGUUAAAGGAACAGAUGGUAAAACAACCUUGCUCCAUUUCUUUGUUAAGGAGAUUGUUCGCUCGGAAGGAAUCAAGGCUUCAGAGAGGAUCAUGGGGCAGAAAAGCGAAAACAGAACGGAGGAAGAGAAGGAAGAAAAUUAUAAAAGAAUAGGACUAGAACUUGUUUCUGAUCUAAGUGCUGAGUUAUGCAAUGUUAAGAAGACAGCCACAAUUGACUUGGAUGUUCUUGCAAGCUCUAUCUCAAACCUAUCAAGUGGAGUGGCUAACAUGCAGAACCUGGUAAAGGGUCUUUUGUGUGAGGAUGAAAAGAGUGAGAGCUUUGUCAUUUCUAUGAAGUGGUUUCUGAACUAUGCAGAGAGAAAGGUACAGGACCUGCAAGGAUGUGAAGGGAGAGUCAUGGCUCGUGUCAAAGAAAUAACAGAGUAUUUUCAUGGGGAUGAGAGUAAAGAAGAGUCGAAUCCACUUCGAAUCUUUGUGAUCGUGAGGGACUUUCUGGAGAUGGUAGAUAAUGUUUGCAAUGAGCUUAAAAGGUCGUCUACGAAAUCACCUCGCACCAUUCGGUUACAGUAGAGAAUCUCCUUGUUGUGUGUUUAAAUGUUUUGGAAUCAUGGUUAUAAUUUGAUUAUUUGAACGUAAACAUCGUGUUUGGGAAUUUAUAUAUAUUAGAAAAUGAGGAAUGCCAGUGGUUAUAAUUUUUUUAAAA